GUGCGCGGGCCGUCGAUACUCCUCCAUGGAACUAUAUAUAUGCUAACGGCACCGCAACUUGCACAAAACGCGUGAUGAGUUUAAACAGGUUUACAAGGGCCGCUCAAGAUGGCCGUGGUUCUGCACACCACUUCAGGAGACCUCCCGGUGCUCCUCCACUAUCAGACGUGUCCACUCGCGUGCUUCAACUUCCUCGCUCUCUGUGCCUCAGGCUAUUACGACGGCUGCCACUUCUACAGACACUUCCCCCGCAUUCUCCUGCAGACGGGCGACCCGACAAACAGCGGAAAAGGUGGCGAGUCCAUCUUCGCCCGACUCCCGCCCCCUAGCGCAGCGUCCUCUUCGGACGGAGCCCAAGGAAGUGAGAACACGGUGGUGUCCUCUGUGGAGGCAGCGGGCAUAACGACUAGUCGGUACUUUCGCGACGAGGGCUUUGGGGAGACGACGCACACACGGCGCGGGGUGCUGUCCAUGGCGCACCGAGGUACCAAGGCGGACACGAACGCCUCGCAAUUCUUCAUCACGACAUCCCCGCAGCCGUCGUUCGAUGGCGUGUACACUGCUUUUGGUGUGGUGGACCUGCAGGGCGUGUACGACGCUGCUUCGGCGACCGUGGUAGAGGCGACUCUGACAACGGCGGAGGAGCAGGAGGGGGAGGAGUCCACCACCCAUGCGGGCACCAAUGAGGGCGAUGCGAGGACGGGCGAUGCGGUGCUGCACGCAUUGGAGGAGGCGGCCGCGGCGGUGGAUACGAAAAACUUUGUCAGGAACGCGGCGGGGGUGCGUAUUACGGGUGCCACUGUGCUUUACAACCCUUUCGCGGAGGGGAAGGUGAAGCUGUGA